UCUCCCUCUCCUCUCCUGAGUCUCUCUCCUCACUGCACCUGAGUCCUCUCUACUAACACCAUGGGCUGUGGCUGUGGAGGUUGUGGCGGCUGUGGCAACUGUAGCAGCUGCACCACGUGCAGAUACUACCGCUGCUGUGGUGGUUGCUGUGGCUGCUGUGGCUGUGGCUGCUGUGGCUGNGGNGGCUGUGGUGGCUGUGGUGGCUGUGGCGGCUGUGGUGGUUGUGGCUGUGGUGGCUGUGGCGGCUGUGGUGGUUGUGGCUGUGGUGGCUGUGGUGGUUGUGGCUGUGGUGGCUGUGGUGGCUGUGGCUGUUGUGGUGGCUGCUGUGGCUGCUGUGGCUGCUGCAAGCCUNCGGUAGUCUGCUGCUGCCGCCGCUGCUGCUGCNGCUCCUGUGGCUGUGGCUCCUGUGGCUGUGGCUGCGGUUGUGGCUGUGGGAAGGGCUGUUGCCAGCAGAAGUGCUGCUGCCAGCAGAAGUGUGGCUGCAAGAAGUGCUGCUGCUAGCAUGUCUACCAUGUCUCUGUUUCCCGGUCAUGGGCACCAGGAAAAGAGAGCCUUUCUUCAAACCUCUAGGACAGCGUUACUGUCCUGGUAUGUCUCCCUGGCCUAUGGCUUUGCUUCCAGAUUCUGGGCUCNUUCCUUUUCUACUUUGGUAUUUCUAACCUUCCUCUCUGAGGUGUUUGCUCUCUAAUAACAAAUAGCCACUCCCUGCAUAACUCACUUCACUGUGCUCCUUCAGAAUGUGGGAACAAGUACUUCUUGUUGCUUCAGCUUGAAGAAGGACUCUUUCUUCCCUGUUCAUUUCCUGUCUCUACACCUUUUCUUUAUUUUUACUCACCCAACAUUAUUUUUGUUUUCUAAUAAAAUACAAAUAA